UGUUUUCUUUCUGAAAUUAUUUAAAGUGUAAUAAAAAAAUUAACAUAUUUAUCCAAUGGAAUCACAACAGGAAUCAAAUUUUGAUUAUAUUAUCCAAAAAUUUAUCUCUAUUCUUCGCCAAAAUGAUCAUUCAUCAUAUAUUUGUCCUCAAAAAGAAUUGGUUUGUUUCUGUGAACGUAAUUUCCAUAUGACAGACUUAGAUGUGAUUGAACCGUUUAUUCGUCAAAUGAAUUAUUAUUCCCAUAUUGAUAUCGAUGCGGAAACUGAUGAAAAUGAAAUAUCACAAAGACUGUCAUCUUUUAAUCUGGAUGAUAAUUUCAAACAGGCAAUUGUAAAGAAUUUAUUGGCCAUGAAAUUAGAUAAAAAACACCUACAAAAGUCACAAGAACUGAUCACUACAGUCAAACAUGUUGAAUGUGAACGUCUAGAAACGCAAGAUAAUCCAUUCCGAAUUAAUUUCCAUACAUACAAUCCUAAUGAUGAUGGUAAUUCUGAAUCAAAUGGACAACUGUCUUUUGUUAUGAAUCGAGAACAAAUGACGAGUAUCUGUGAUGAAAUGGACAAAAUUCGUCAGCAAUUAUUCCAUUCGGUGGGAUAAAAAAAAAUGAUCAUGCUCUUUUUUAACAUGAUUGACUUGUUUGAUCGUAUUGUUUGCUUUGUCACUAACACACACAGACAGAUAUAUACGAUAUAAUCAUCAUCUUUACAUCAUGAAUUACACACAUUCUAUCCAUCCAUAUGAAUUCUUUACAAUUACUAUUCAAUUGUUAAAUAUCCGAUUACUUUCUAGUCGGUUGGUAAAUGUCAUGCCACACAUUUUUAUACGCAAGUUCUGACAUUCAAAACGGAAUAAGGGCUAAGUUUAUUUUUAAAAUCUUUUUCCUUUUGAUUUCCUCAACAAAUCAUUUUUCAAGACUUCCCAAUUGGAUAGUGGCCAGAAAGCUUCAUACACAAUACAUUAUAUACUAUCAAGACAAAAAAAACAAUUAGGUCAUGAUCAUUUUAUCAAUUAAAAGAAAAAAAAAUUCAAAU